AUGCCUCGUUCCAACGCUUCUCGUACCUCUCGUGCUCAGUCCUUGAUCGAGCAGCCUUUGCAUCAUCACGGAGAGGAUGUUUCCUCUGAAAUGUUGUUAGCUGAUUUGAUGAAUAGUAAAAAGAAGCAAAAACCAAAACUUUCAUCGGCUCAGAAUACAGCAGGGAAUACAUUUUUAGAUGACACCAACCUAUCGGCAGAUAACAUGAGCGAUACGGCAUCCUCGUGUUCUGCCUCGACCACCAGUCUUACUAAGGAUCUGACAAAACAAUUGAAAAUGAGUGAAUUGGAGCUCAAAAUCUUGCUUGAGGAAUUUAGAAAUGCCAGUAAUGAAGAGGGUUUACUCGAGAAGGAGAACUUCUUUCGAGUUGUAAAGACCACUCUUUCACAAAAAUUUGACAUUCAAAAUUCAAUGCCCGCUUUCCACAGAAUUUAUGAAGCUUUUGACUUGGACGGAAAUGGUGCUAUUGAUUUUGUUGAACUCGCAACUGGAUUGAGUACCUUACUAUACGGAGAGGAAAAAGACAUUCUAAGAUUUGUUUUUGGUUUAAUUGAUGUGAAUAACGAUGGAUCUGUGCAACAAGAAGAAAUGAUUGAUUUCUUUAGAAAGUUUUUCAUUGGUCAAGCCAAAAUGCAUGGAUACAAACUCACUGCUCAAAGAUGGAAGACGCUCGAAGAUUACCUGAGCAGAACAUUUACCUCCACUGAUUUGGAUCAGAACGGAACAAUAGAGUUCGAUGAAUUUGUUCAAGCUGUGGAUGACCCAGAUUCCCCUCUUGGAAUGCUGUUUUUGUAUUUCCACAGCCAGCACUAA